UUGAUGAAUUAUUGGAAUAUUGAAUGAUGGAAUGAGUUGAUUUCCGGGGGUGUGCCGGGGAGGCAAAGUGGGGUGGCUUUGUGGGUUGAUGCAAGUCAUUUUUUACCCAUGUUGUGCCUUAGAAGGGUAGUGAUACAAAAAUGAUUGUUUAUGAUUUUUUAAUUGUGAUGGCUUACUACAUUUUUUGAAAGUCGUGUGCUAAUAUUUGACAGCAGCAACUCUAACUUGAAUUUCCUCAGUCUCUCCAGAGGUGCUGGGGUUUCUAACAGCCAUCGGACUCUUCAUUAUCCUCAUGACCCUCCUGUUCUGGUACCUCAACAACAAGUUGGCACUAGAGAAUCCAGGGAGCCUUCAGUGCCUUGAUGACUUCAGGAAAAAAACCGAGCUGCAAGACAAAGCCUACACUGAUGCCGACCUGCAGGGCUCGUCAUCGGACAGCGAGGAUGAACUGAUGGGUCAGUAUCAGGAAGCGGUCAGUCGCUCCCAAGGCCUCCGGGGAGGAGCCAAGGCGGCCACUAACACCAAACACGCAGGAGGUUUCAGCUGGGAGAGCCGGCAGAAAUACAGCCCUAUAACUGCUGGUUAUGACGGCUACAGCAGUGAAGCCUCGGCUGACGACGCCAACUGCAUCCAGAGGAUGAGACGAACGCCGCCGCUAGACGAACUUCAGCCACCUCCUUAUCAGGAUGAGAACGGCUCUCCCAGGAUGUCCUGUACACUGUCUGACCUUGGAGACGCCAAGUGUGAUCUGUCCUAUACCAGUGGCAGUCCCCACCUGUCUUUUGGCAAAUGCCCCAGUGAGUGCAGCGACGGCAACGAGACUGAGAGUAACUUCAACAAAGGCUACGAGGAAGAUGUGCCCAGUGACAGUACAGCUGUCCUCAGCCCAGAGGACAUGUCAGCCCGUGGAUCAGCAUCUCAGCUCCCUAAAGGUUAUGAACCAGAUUCAGUUGCAAAAUACGGCACUCUGGACGUGGUGUUUGACUAUGACUCAGAGGACCAGCAGCUGGCGGUCACCAUCAUGGCAGCAUCGGAUCUUCCCUCCCUAAAACGCACAGGCAACAUCUCCUGGCAGGUCCACCUAGUGCUGCUGCCCACCAAGAAGCAAAGAGCCAAGACAGGAAUACAGAGAGGUCCGUGCCCAAUCUUCACCGAGACUCUCCGCUUUAGCCAUGUGGAGUCAGAGAUGAUCAGCAAUUACGCCAUCCGUUUCCGCCUUUAUAGUAUGCGGCGGAUGAAGAAGGAGAAGGUGCUCGGGGAAAAGGUGUUCUACCUUACCAAGCUCAACCUUCAGGGCAAAAUGUCUGUGCCAGUCAUAUUAGACCCAUGCUGUGCUCUCCCGGCAGGUGAAUCCCAGGUCAGCCUCUCCGAUAUGACAUGCAGUGAAAGCGCCUCAUCAUUCAUGUCAGUCAGUCAGACCUCAACACCAGAGAUCCUCGUGGGCCUGGUGUACAACGCCACGACAGGACGUCUCUCUGUGGAGAUCAUCAAAGGCAUCCAUUUUAAAAACCUGGCCGCCAACAAGCCACCCACUGCCCAACCCUUGUUGUCAGAUGGGCUCUUCUGUUGUCUAAAACACUUGAUAGGUGGACAGGUUUAUAUUAUCAGAGAUACAUAUGUUAAGCUGACCUUACUGAACUCCAUGGGCCACGAGAUGUCCAAGUGUAAGACAUCCAUCUGUCGAGGUCAGCCCAACCCAACAUACAAAGAGACGUUUGUCUUCCAGGUAGCUCUUUUCCAGCUAUCUGACGUCACGCUCAUCCUCUCCGUCUACAACAAGCGCAGCAUGAAGCGUAAGGAGAUGAUUGGCUGGAUUUCGCUCGGCCUCAACAGCUCUGGAGAGGAGGAGCUCACCCACUGGACUCUGAUGAAGGAGUCUAAAGGACAGCAGGUUUGCCGCUGGCACAGUUUGUUGGAGUCCUAACAGCAAGAGAACAACUGAAGAGAGAGCGUGAGGAUAACUGCACGGAGCGUUUGUCUUCCCAGAUGGGCGAGAAAUGAAUACAUUCAGCUGGGAUAGAUAAACCAGGGUCAGUGCUGAUGAAGGAAAAGACACGGAACACAGUGUGUCUCUAACUUUGCACAACAAAGGCAUUACACGGCACUGUUUGUAAAAUCGCUGACAGCCAUUGAUUAGUUGUAUGGCCAGUAAUGUGAUGUCAUUUAUUUUCAUAGACUGCCGAGUAAUGACCUUUAAGUUUCUCUAGAUGGCGCUCUGUUUUUGUCUGUUGAACUGUUUGAGCUGGGAUCUGCCCCUAAAAGCAGGUUCUGGAAAACUUUGAUAAGUAAAUUAUUGACUGAUAAUUUUGUGUAUCCACACCUCCAGCUCGAACAACUGAUGUUAGGAAUUUGACUUAAUCUUACCAGAAAGGUUUACAACGUGAAACAUAGCCCAUCUCUUUUGCUGUUGUGUUCCUGUGUACAACAACUUGAAGUCAUGAAUUUAUGGGUUGACCAAAGAAAUACUUUUCAAUUUAGAAGCCAGAACACGGGACUUUUCAAAUCAGUACUAGUAAGUUAUUUUUCAAUUUUUUUAUGGACUUUUCACCACCAUUGUUAAAGGUAAAAGACAACCUAUUUUCUCAGUCAGUUUAUAACUACCUACUAUAAAACUCUUACGAUGGAGUGGUCCCACAUAAACACAACAUAUCCCAAGUAAAUGAGAAUAGUUUUUUGAAUGGUCAACUCUGGUAACUAACAAUUAAUAAUUUUUUAUAAAGUAUUUAGGAUCUAUUAGCAGAAAUGGAAUAUAGUAUUCAUAACUAUGUUUUCAUUAGUGUAUAAACUGGAACUAAGAGUAGUAUGUUUGUUAGCUUAGAAUGAGCCUUCAUAUCUACAUAGGGAGCGGGUCUUCUUCCACGGAUGUGUUGCACCGCCUUGUUUCUACAGUGAGAAAGGUGAUGGUGCUGAAAGUUACUACCAUUUUGCCCUUACCAGCUUCUUACCGCAGUCUUGUAAGGGGAUGGGUGAGCGGCGUAGUAUUCAGUUGGUUACAAUCAGCCGCCAAAUCCUACGCACUGUCCCUUUAACUGAGACCGUUGCCUCGUUAUAAAUUAAUAUGUAAUUUUGUAGAGAAAUGCAUUGAAACCAAGUUUUCAGGGAUUUUCAGCUAUGCUCUGUCAGAGAGGAAACAACAUCACUACUUCUCUUGAGUUUGAAUGUCUCCUGUUUAAGCAAGAGGUGUGGCUACAUGAAGCUACCAUCACUACUGCUGGCUACCCUGUUCGUCCAGCCCAGUCUCAUUCUCAGGUCAGCAAAUACAGACGUUCUGUCAAAGCCUAACCCUGAUACCGUUGCACACGAGGCAUCCGUAUGAGACAAACUGGGCUUCCAACGAAUAAUGUCCGUACGUAACAUUUAACAGUAACAUUUACCUAAAAAAUGUACUUAUUUUAACCCGUACCAUGCUGUUUUGUCUUGUAAAAAUGACAAAGUAGUAUUGUUUGAAUUCACAACAUUAACCGCGUGUUUUAAAAGAGUAACACUAGUGGAGCGUCACGGUUUGACGUGUAGGGCUACCCUGCUCGUUAAAAGUUCAAGUAACGUCAGGGGUCCUGACUAAGUGUAAGUAUGUGAUGAGUUGGGAAUGAGAACGGGUUGCUUAAUGAACCUAAAAACUAAAAACUCAUUAGUUUAGUUUAGUCACUUCUUCCGUACAGGGAGGACAUUAGUAAACACUUUCAUAAAUUGAGUAUGGAUACAAAUCAGGUUAAAUCAUUAGGUUGUAAAUGCUGCUGAUUAUUAUUUGCCAAAGCUUAAAUGCGCCACAUCCCGAUGUGUCUACUAUGAAUUCCUUGCAAUUAUGUGUUGAAUGCAAACAUGUACAGGACUCUCUGGGGAUGGAGGCAUGUUGAAAGAUAUUUUGAAGGCCAAAGAACUGAUGGCCAUUUUUGAUUUCCAGGGACCUUAUGAAUAAUAAUUUGAAGACUUGAGCUGAAUUACCACACUUUCAUGAAUCCCUCUGUCAACACUGCCGAGGCUAAACAUCUCCCCAUUGUCUCAGCCUCAACUAAAGUAAACGAAACAUCAACUUAAUAAUUGUAGACAUUUUUGUCAGACAAAUAAAAUUGUCAAGGUAUAAUAGUGGAAGUGUCACGGUCGAUGCUGAGAUGGAGGUCAGUAGUGAUCUUUGAGAAGAAAUAGGCAUCUCACAUUUUUUAGAAAACACCAGUUUGUUGAAGAACUGACAGACUGAGAUAUGUUAGCCUGUAUAAAAGCGUUGUGCAAUCCUACAUGUAUCCACCAUUCAAAAGUCACUCAUAAUGUCAAAGUCAUAUUCCAAGACAUUCAAGGCACUUUUUUAUGCGUCUCUCUUGAAUUAAAAAAUAUCUUGGUGGUCGCACAUCACAGCAGUACAGGUGAGAAUAACAUGUACCUGUUAUUCUCUUUUACCUGCUCUGGUGCUAAUAAGUGCUGUGGCUGCACGCACAGAAUUCCCUUGCCUUAUGUUUAUGUAGGACCCAGUACAAAAACAGACACAGACACACCCUCAGAGCACACAGACCUGCAUCCAUAAUUACAGAAAGCACACACAGCACCACUCAACCUCACUGAAGGGAAUUCUAACGGUUUCCAUAGGAGCCACAGUGUACAUUGACAAACUUGCAGAAUGUCUACAGGCGAAUGGUUGUAUUUUUAGCUGUGGCCACUUCCUCACUUCAUUUCAUUCACAGACAACAGAAAAUACAUGCACUCUUAACUGUGCCUGUAGUUGUGGUGAAAGCUAGCUUUGUGCAGUGUUUACCAAGUGGAUGUGUGUGCGUGUGUGUUUGUGUUGACUGGAAAGAUACAGUAAAGGGGGCGUGGGGGGCUGUGUUAUAGGUCGUUAUUGCAUUUACUUGUUGGGUGUGACAAUUUCUAAAUAUAAUUAAUGGUAUUUAGAACAAAGUAACCCACUUCUUGAUUGUCUGCCAUAUACUUUAUAUACAGUAGAUGUUUUCUAUUUUUGUAUCAAUAAUGGUUAGGGAAUUGUGUUGAGACAGUGAAAUAGUGAAUCACAUAUUAACGCACCUUGUGAGCAAUACUAUUCUAUCGCUAUUGUUUAUUCCAUUACUUUGUGUUCUGUACAGGAGAAAGUAACAGUUGUGUCUCUGAAACAAAGGGAUGUGAUGAAGAACAGCAGAGCUCAUCUUCAAACAAUCUUUCAACACUUUUUAGCUUUGAUGCUUUUUAACAGUGUGAAACAGAAGCACAGCUUUUACAGCACAAUAGUGAAGCACACCGUGUAAAGAAAGAUAAAAGAUAGCGUGGCAAUAUCUCACUUGUACAUGUAGAGAUGCAUCAUAUAAUUUGAAUCCAAAGUUUGCCAAUCCACUCUUACAAUAUUUGUUUUAUGAUUUGGCUGGAUCAUUUUAUAUGACCUUAGUAAAUUAAUUCUCCCUGCAGAAAAAGGGGAGGGAUCUUGUUGAAUCAACAGAAGGUGUGCAGGAAUAUAAAUAGGGUUAUUUCACACUGUCAGUGGGUAUCUAAAGGCAGCGAACAAGACUAUAUCAUCAGUGAAGAAGUAGAUGUUUGUGCAUCCUGGAAUGAUGAACAUUGGGGACAAAAGGGUUCUUCAACACCUCUUCAUACAAAUCAAUUACAGGAGAAAGAAAUAGCAACUGAAAUUGUAUUUAAAAUGCAGACGCACACUUUCCUUAGAGUGCCACACAUCCUAUUAUUAGUGUGAUUAACAACCUACAGAAGAUUAAAAGAAAUAGGCCAAAAGGAUUUUUAUUUUUGGAAGAAACUGAAUAUCUAGAUGUAAAAAUGUGUUGAUUGAAUUCCACUGAAUGAAGAGCAUUCAAACAUGUAUGUGGUUUUAAUUCCCCUUUUAAAAAUGAUUAGAACUUGAUUUUAAAUGUAUUUUUAGAGUAUAUGAAUUCAAAUGGAAAAUGAAAGAAAAACUACAUUCAGAUUAUUUUCCCAUCUAAAAUUUAAAAUUCAGUAUAAAAAAAAGAUGUUUCUAAAAUUGGAUUGGAAAUGUAGACAGCAAAAUUCACAAACAAAAUAAAAUCUUAAACCUAAUAUCUACCAGAUAUUAGAAUGUUCUUUUUGAUAUAGCGAAAAAAGAGAAAAAUAAGGUAUGAAAUUCAAACCACAUAAAUUGAGAUUGAUGGUUUUCAAAAUAAAAUACUAUAUUCCAAUGCUAUAAAUUCAGUAGUAUUUAAAUUUCAAAGUUAAGUAUUCAAUAGUGGUUUCAUUUCACAAUUAGGUAUUCAGCUGCAUUUAAAAUGCAGGCUGUUAUGGCCUUCCUUUGCUUCUGUACAAACCAACACAAGACUUGGAAAACAUUUUUUCAGAUCUUUCACAAGAUGUGAUCCAUUAAUAAGGUUUUUAAAACAAUAUGUUUAUUCAUUUUCAGUAUUGUUAUUAUUUUGCUUUUUUUAUUUUUUCAAAUCCUUUGGUUUUAAUGCUGGUUUUAAUUGCUGAUUUUGUUUUUCUUUUAGUUUGGAAACUACCUAUGCCACAUACGGCAAUGGUGCCUUACUGUUUUUCACUCAGCAAACUUGUGUCACAGUGUCUUAAUGUACUCGUACAUGUACUUUUCUUCUGUACUUCAGGCUGAGUUUGAUUUGUAAAAUGUCUUACAAAUUGAUUUAUGAUAGAGAUAAUUUAUAUGUGAUAUUAUUGUUUAAAGAAAAAUAAGAAACA